AUGUUCAAGUAUAAGUUGUUUGUUUUGGUUGCUUGUCUGGUCAUUGUUGCCUCGACCGACGACUACGAUGAGUACGAACAAGAGGAUUUCUACAGCCACCCGACGCACAAGUAUGGAGUAAAGAAUCCUCACACCGGUGAACACAAGAGCCAGUGGGAAGUGCGUGAUGAGGAUGCCGUCAAGGGAGCCUACACCAUUCAAGAGGCCGAUGGAACCGAACGUGUGGUCGAGUACAAGUCGGACAAUCAUAACGGUUUUGAAACUAGUAUUAAGAUUGUAGCACAUUUUCUUCGCCAGCAGGUCUUCCGAGGAGAUUCUUCCCACGGAUACCCCGAGUUCGGUCACGGAUCUGGAGCCAACUACAACAAUGUCAACAAAUACUACUCAGAUGUCACGAACAACAAAUGGAACAAAAAAAUCUAGCACUAAGAAGCCUUCUCGGAAAAGAACAAGCUGUUGUUAAAUGUUAGCCUUAUUUGAGUUUUACCCUAUCUUUCAGAAACAAGAUGAAUUAGAAGUUUCCAUGAUUGUUUGGUUUUUGUAUUGCAAUGUUAAAAUGAACAAUUUUAAAAUAUAUUUCUUGGAGUGAAUAAAAGCUUUAAAAGUUGGUUUAUUGUAAAUUGAAAUUUAUGUUUUCCAUUUUAAAUGAAAUAAUUUAUCAGAAUUAUUUUGUGUUUUGUUUCCAGCAGCACUUGGUAUAAAAUUA